AUAAUCUGAUGGGUUGUUUUGAUGUUGCGAUUCGGAUGUUUUUAAAGAUGAUUUCAUUUAGAAUUUUGCCAACCCAGUACUCGUUUACGAAUAUUUUUGCUUCAUGUGCUUCCAUUGAAGCAUUGGAUAUAGGCAGGAAGGUUCACUCGUUUGUUGUUAAGCUUGGGCUCAGCAGCUAUAUUCCUGUGGCGAAUUCAUUGUUAAAUAUGUACGCAAAGUCUGGUGAUCCAGUUAUGGCCAAUAUUGUUUUUAACAGGAUGACACUGAAGAGCGUUUCUAGCUGGAAUGCUAUGAUUUCAUUGCACAUACAGUCUGGUCGAGUUGAUCUUGCAGUGUUUCAAUUUGAACAAAUGACUGAACGUGAUAUUGUUUCCUGGAAUUCAAUAAUUGCGGGUUACAAUCAGCUUGGAUUUGAUCUUGAAGCAUUGGAAGUGUUCUCUAAGAUGCUUAAGGUUUCUUCAUUGAAGCCUGAUAAGUACACUUUGGCUAGUGCUUUAGCUGCUUGUGCCAAUAUGGAGACUAUAAGUCUAGGGAAGCAAAUUCAUGCUUGGAUUAUGAGAACAGAAUUUGAUACUUCUGGACCAGUUGGGAAUGCAUUAAUCUCCAUGUACUCCAAGUCUAGUGGGGUUGGAAUUGCGCGAACAAUUUUAGAACAAAAUGUGACUUCCAAUCUCAAUGUUAUAGCAUUUACCGCCCUACUAGACGGAUAUAUCAAGCUUGGAGAUAUAAAUCCAGCCAGACAGAUUUUCGACUCAUUAAGGGACCGUGAUGUGGUUGCCUGGACUGCCAUGAUAGCUGGUUACGUGCAGAAUGGCUUCUGUAAUGAUGCUAUGGAGCUCUUCAAAUUAAUGGUUAGAGAGGGCCCAAGGCCAAACAACUACACUCUAGCAGCCAUGUUGAGUGUGAGUUCGAGUCUGGCUUCUUUAGAUCAUGGCAAACAAAUCCAUGCAAAAGCCAUUAGGUGGUGGGAAGCAUCAUCAGUUUCUGUAAGCAAUGCUUUAAUUACCAUGUACUCCAAAGCCGGAAGCAUCAUAGGUGCAAGACGAAUAUUCAAUCUAAUACUCUGGAAUAGGGACACUGUCUCUUGGACUUCCAUGAUCAUAGGUUUAGCUCAACAUGGUCUUGGGGAGGAAGCUGUUGAACUAUUUGAGAGGAUGCUCACAGUUGGCGUUCAGCCCGAUCACAUAACUUAUGUUGGUGUGCUGUCUGCCUGCAUCCAUGUGGGACUGGUAGAACAAGGCCGUAGUUACUACAGAAUGAUGAAAGAUAGACACGGAAUUGAACCCACUCCAAGCCACUAUGCUUGCAUGAUUGAUCUGUUUGGGCGUGCUGGAUUGCUGCAAGAAGCACAUGAUUUCAUAGAAAAUAUGCCAAUUGAACCAGAUGUCAUUGCCUGGGGUUCACUUUUAGCUUCUUGUAGGGCACACAAAAAUGUUGAUCUGGCAAAGGUUGCAGCAGAGAGGUUGCUUCUAAUUGAGCCAGACAACAGUGGGGCCUACUCAGCACUUGCUAAUGUCUAUUCUGCUUGUGGAAAAUGGGAGGAUGCUGGUAAGAUUAGAAAGUCAAUGAAGGAGAGACAGGUGAAGAAAGAUCAAGGAUUCAGUUGGGUUCAAAUAAAAAAUCAAGUUCAUAUCUUUGGUGUUGAAGAUGCACUUCACCCACAGAGAAAUGCAAUUUAUCAGACGAUGGCAAAAAUCUGGAAAGAGAUAAAAAAGAUGGGUUUCAUUCCAGAUGCUGAAGCAGUGUUGCAUGAUCUUGAUCAAGAAGUUAAAGAGCUAAUCCUUAGACAUCAUAGUGAAAAGCUUGCCAUUGCAUUUGGUCUAAUGAAUACUGCAGAGAAUACUACUUUGAGGAUCAUGAAGAACCUUAGAGUCUGUAAUGACUGUCACUCUGCCAUAAAAUUUAUCUCCAAACUUGUGGGCAGAGAAAUCAUAGUAAGAGAUUCUACACGGUUUCAUCAUUUCAAAGAUGGUUCUUGUUCCUGUCGAGAUUAUUGGUAGGAAUAAAGUGAACAUUCCUAAAAUAUUUAUUGGUUUGGAAGAAUAUCUGAGACAAUUGGCCAAUGAUUUGUGCGCUAUAAUGUUUACAUGUUUCUUUUGCUGCUUUACUGAUCAUACCGUAUUGGGGCUUGUGUGCACCAAAUCGUCGUGCUUUCAAAGAAACUCCAUUGGACAGGCCUUGGUGGAAGAGUUCAGAAUAAAAUGGCUAUGGGUAUAAAUUUUAUGGGUUGAUGAUUGUUCAUUCCAGGCUUUUGCACCCUGUUACAUUUAUUUGUUUCACUGGACCUGAAUCCUUGGACCAACAAGAGGGCUAUACAUCAUAUUUUCCUGGAAUUGUAGUCCAAUCAAUCAGAGCUGACUGGAGAUUUGCAGAAUAUUGUUAAAUGAGGCAGUUAUCUCAAGUUACAUCUUUGUGCACGUCUCCUUCUGACAGCAUCAAGAUUGGAUAUGUUCAAACCUCAAAAAAAAUAAGGAACUGCAAUACAAAGAGUUGCUAUCCCUUUUGGUCUUCGGUAAUCAAGGGUGCUGGGACUUGGUCCUCACAUUUUGCAGAGUCACAAUUCUUGCAUUUGAGGCCACAACCAUAGGGUUGCCAGUCUGUCACUUUUAUCACUCCACCAGAUAAUGGCACUUGAAGAACUGCAAUAGAAAUCUGGUACCAACAAAAGUGAAGCGUGUUACUCUGCUUAGAGAUACUGGAGAUCGUAGUCUCAAUCCUAACAUCAUAGAAGGUCUUUUCAUGGAAAAUACCCAAGAUUUUGCAGCGAUGAUUCUCUGAUUUGUCCAUCCUUGAAGUUCCAAAGCUGAUAAUAGUUCUAAAGAAGAAUGCCUCCAUGACAUUCGGUGUACAUUUCCAGCAGUCUCACCACUAGUACUUGACAGAUCUUAUAAUGUUUCUAUAAGGGAAAUGCUUUUUGUAUAGCAGAUCAAGUGAAGCAUAAAAUUUUGACGAUGUCAAAACGUUGAAUUUCAUGACUAGGAUGCACCCAGCUUCCCUCUUUAAGUAAUGUUAGAGCAGGGUCCUAUUUCUGAAAUUCGAUAAACAAAUGUUAGAGCUGAGGGCCAAAGUCCUCACCAAUAGUUGCAUCAGUGUUUGAUUGUAUUUUU